AUGGCGACUUCAGAAGUGGGUGGAUACCAAGCUGUCUUCGUCGAACCGCUCAGUGAUGACAACGUUUGUCCCAUAUGUACGCUGGUCGUCAGAGCUCCCGUUCAAACGCAUUGCGGUCAUCCAUUCUGCAGCAGCUGCUUGCGGAGGACGUUUACUGGAAAUACGUUGAAAUGUCCCGUAUGUCGGGCGAACUUGUUGACGUCAGAAGUGUAUCCAAACAAGCUACAGGAGCGUCAAGUUCUGGGUCUAAAAAUCAAGUGUGAUCGACACCGUAAAGGUUGUGAAUGGACAGGAGAACUUCGUCAACAACAAGAGCACGAGUGUACGUGUCAGUUUGUGCGCAUGCCUUGUGCAAGAAAUUGUGGGAAACUGGUGAUGCGCAAGGACACUGUCGACCAUGAUGAGAACAAGUGCUGCAAAAGGCCCGUAGAGUGUCUACACUGCAAACAACUCAUUCAAAAUCGAUAUUUCAAUAUUCAUGCUCGAAAAUGUCUGGAGAUGCCUCAGACGUGUGCAGGUUGUAAUGCAGUGCUAUCACGAAGGGAGAUGCGCGAACAUGUGAGUGCGCAGAAUCGAAUUUGUUCUGGCUCGAUGAAAUGCGAAUUUGCUGAAUUUGGAUGCGAAUUUGAGGGAAAUCAUGACAGCAUGAUGAAGCACUCCACAAAGGAGGCAACUACACAUCUCAGUAUGCUGUCAGUGACGGUCAAGAAACAAAAGUUGACGCUAGACAAACAGAAGGACUUUCAUAAACAGCAACUGUUUGAUGCUACACGUAGGAUUGAAGAGCAACAGAAAGAAAUCGACGAGUUAAGGCAUCAAUUGACUUCAGUGUUACAGCAACUUGAAGUUAGGCAGCAAGUGGACUCACCAGGUCACGUGUUUGCUCCUCGUCCGCAUGCUCCACUAAUGACUCAUUUUGUUUCGCCUCAUCACGCUCGCCCUUGCCGUCAUUUUGUUCCACCAUAUCGACCUCAUCCUCAUGUUCCACCACAUCACCCUCACCCUCGUCUUCAUCAUCACCAUCCUCCUCACCGUCCAUCUGGUCGUUAUCAUCAUCAUUAUCAUCAUCGUCAUCCACAAUUGCCUUAAGUUAACUUGAGCUUUGUCUCUGAGACAGCAGGAGUUGCUGUAGUGAUAGUAUGAAUUAAUAUAAAAUUAAUUAGUGAAAGGAACAUGUGAGUGGCAUGCACUUUUAGAGUCAUAGCUUUGAUGGAUGGUGUAGUAUUUAACGUUUAUAAAGUAAAGAUAGCUGGUUUAGA